CAUGACUCACUCUUCCCCAGUCGUAUCCACUCGCCGCGAUGUUCGACUAUCACCAACCACAAUUCAAGAGAUGCUCGAUGAAAAUGUCCGCUUGAUCCACAGCUUGAUGGCCCAUCAGCGAUGUGGAGCUGUUCGAGAGGCGUCCGAACUGCAGCAGGUUCUCCAUCGAAACCUCAUUUAUUUGGCCACCAUCGCCGAUAGUGCCGCAGCUCAUGCUGCCACCAAUAACCAUCAAAACCCUCAAUCCUCGUCUAGUUCGAAUCCUUCAGCAAUUAAUUCAGCUCCAAAUUCUGCCGUAAACCAUUCAUCUGGAUCUCAGCCAGCAACUAUGUAUACCAACGUUCCACACACCACGACCACCAAUUUAGCGCCUGCACCUGGCUUAACUAGUGGUCAGGUGGCAGAAAAAUGUCCUAUGAACAAUUACCCACCCACCAUGCUUAACCCAAGUGGAUUGGUUGCAACUUCUGAGCAAUAUCCCGGGGGUUCUCCUGCUUUGACACCGGCUCCUCAGCAUUACCAUCAACCGAAUCCUCUUGUCCUUCCCAACGGGGCGCAGCACAAAGAAAACGAACAUCAAUAACUUAGUUUCUUUAGACCCUCAAUUUCUCGUGUUCCUUAUCAAUAAAGCUCUGUCUCUGCUUGUCACAACAGACACUUGAUCGUUUGCUGCCUUUCCUAUCCUCAUUCGAUUUCGGUACAGCUCGCAUCGUUGUCCGUGGUCAGAGUUCUGCGCAACAGUUGUUUGCCUUACCUCUCAAUCGCUUUGUUUCAGUCACGAGUUCAGGACUUAUAGGGGGUUGGGCAUCAGCAAUACACCAUUACUCCUUACUGCUGCUUCUCUACCAUGUAACUGCGAAAUGUCGCAAACGGGCUGAAACACUGCGAGCGCGGGGACUUGAGCCAGAGGGGAAAAGGUUGCGUUCUCACCACUUGAAUCACUAUGCGACCUGAUCUAUAGCAAAUCGGCUACCUUUGCAAUGUACAGCGGUACAGCACUCUCAGCUCGAGUUGCACAUUGAUACAGUGCAGUCUACACCAACUUGCGCUGAGCUCCAACUGGCGAACCGCCGAAUGCUGUUAGCCGAGCAUCUCUACAUAACAUGCGCA